AUGUCACAAUACACCCCAGCAACACUAGAAUCCCUCCUAUCAACCCUAUCAAUAACCGGCGAUGCCGACCACGCCUCUGUCCUGAAGCAUGCGAACAACGUCCUCAAGUCUGAGAAAUCACACAAGCGAGCAUUGCAUACUAAGGCAGUAGCGCUGAUAAACCUCGACCGCUACGAGGACGCGUUCUCCGUGCUUUCGGUGCCGGAAUUGGCAGGCGAGGCGGUGCUAGAGAGGGCUUAUUGCCUUUAUAAGUUGGGGAGGUUGGAGGAUGCGUUGGCGGCUGCGGUGGAGGGCGCUCGGAGCGGUGGGAGGGAUGAGAGGGGGUUGAGGCAUGUUGAGGCUCAAGCUGCAUACAGACUGGAAAAAUUCGACCAAGCGGCGGGGAUAUACGCAGGACUAUCCAGGGGCGGGUACCAAGCGGAGAACGAAGACUAUGAUAUGAGGGUCAACAUCAGCGCCACGAACGCACAAUUGAUUUGGGCGAACGGAUCAGCGACAGCGGGGGGAGAUAACAAGGUUGACAGGAGCGCUCUGGAUGCGUUCGAGACAGCGUUCAAUUCCGCAUGUGGAGCUGUUGCCCGGUGCGCGUUCGGACAGGCACUUGUUUUACUAAAGAGGGCGAGGGAGUUGGGGUUGCUAUUGGAGGACCUUAGCGAGGAGGAGAGGAAGGUCGAGGUUGCGCCGGUUCUAGCUCAAGAGGCUUAUGUGCUUGCGAAGAUGGGAAGGUGGGAGGAGGCGUUGGAGAGGUCGAAGGAGCUGGAUGUCCCUAGUAUCACCGACACUUCACUCAAAGUCGUCGCUACAAACAACGAGAUCGCUAUAACCUCUCGACUGCCAGACUACAACCCCCAUUUGUCACUCAUCGCGUCGGCCGAGUUAGCUACCACAUCCGCCUCCUCAAAAGCAUUCCUUUUUCAAUCAAGGAUACUUGACAGAAACCAUGCAGUGCUGGAACUAGAAGCCGGAAAGACCCAAGCCUCAAAGAAACAGGCUCUAGCGCACCUAAAAAAUUACCCCCACGACAACGAGGCAAGUGUAAUCCUAGCCGCCGCCCGUGAGGGCAAAGUCGAGAAGCUAGUUAAGAAGAGCCCCGGCGACCUCGGCCUCUCAUUGACUCUCGCACAAUUGUGUAUGCGCAGUGGGAAUAUCACUGGGGCUAUUGCCGCAGUAGAAAAUGUUAUAUCCGCUGCCGCGGAGGACCAAAAGUACCUCCCGGGUGUGAUCGGCCUACUCGUUGGACUUUACCAGCACCAAGGCAGGUGUCAACAUGUCAGAGACAUCCUUUCGAAAGCCAGUGAACACUGGAAGAACUCCCCGACUCCCAACCACCCCCUCCUCCGCGCCUCCGCAAAAGCCCACCUCGACAACCCCACCUCAACAGACAUAGACCUACACUCGGCACACUCGAUCUUCACGAUCCUACUAAACCACUCCCCCAGUGACCCCUUUGCAACUGCGGGCCUUCUCGCCUCCACCCCCUCUUCCUCCGCGUCCUCCCCUCCUCCUCAGCACCUCCAACAAAAACUAACCCCCCUCGAAAAACUAAUCUCAACAAUCGACGUGGCAGCCCUGGAAGCCGCAGGCGUUGCCCAACCACCGCCGCGGAAACGUCCCACGGAGGAGGCGGAGGGGCUAAGUGGGAAGGUGGGGGUGAAGGUUGUAUAUAAGAAAAAGGCACACAAAUUCGACACCAGCAAGACGCCGGAUCCCGAACGGUGGUUGCCGCUAUGGGAUCGGAGUGGGUACAAACCGAAGGGGAAGAAAGGGAGGGGGAGGGUGGGUGGCGGUGGCGCUACACAGGGUGGGGGAGGAGGAGGAACGGGUGGGGAAGAAAGUAUGGAAUUGGCGGGCGGUGGGAGGGUGGACGUACUCAAGGUUAACGCGAACAAAGCGAAGAAGAAGAAGAAGGGGGGAAAGCGGUAGGGUAGGUAGGGAGGCAGUUGAUGUAUCUACAAGUAUCUAGAUACUCUUGAUUUUAUCCCUACCCUUUUUUAUCUUACCUUAUCAUCACGAAUUAGUUUCUCAUGUUCA